AUGGGUGACUUUUAUGUGCGGUAUUACACCGGACAUCAGGGAAGACAUGGACAUGAAUUCUUAGAAUUCGAAUAUUCUCGCGGAAGGCUACGAUAUGCCAACAAUUCCAAUUAUCGCAACGACAGCCUGAUCCGAAAGGAGAUGUUUGUAGGGCCAUUGGUGGUAGAGCAAUUACGUGAAUUGAUUGAAGAAAGUGAAAUAAUACGUGAAGAUGAUGAAAAAUGGCCAGAGAAAAACGUUGGUGGAAAACAAGAAUUAGAGAUUCGAAUUGGCAAUCAACAUAUUUCAUUUGAAACGGCAAAGAUUGGUGCUUUGGUGGACGUUCAGGAUUCUGAAGAUCCGGAAGGAUUAAGAGUGUUUUAUUAUUUGGUACAAGAUUUGAAAUGUCUGAUCUUUAGCUUGAUCAAUUUGCACUUCAAGAUUAAACCAAUUUGA